AUGUACUCAGCCACUCAUCGUGUGGUUCGAGUUGUUUCUGCUCUCCGACCAACAACUCGUGUACUCCAACACAUAGCCGGCCUAAAUACUUCAAACCGUAUAUCUGUUCGAACAUUCUCAGCUUCGACUUUAUCACUUUCUAAUAUGAAGCCCGUAUUCUCUCCAAAGGCUGUUGCACCUAUUGGUCCAUAUACCCAAGCUAUUAAGGCAAACGGCAUGGUGUUCCUGUCUGGCCAAAUCCCCGCCGAUCCUCAAGCAAAGCUCACCGGAGGAACCAUUGCAGAGCAGACGCAUAAGAUGUGUCAGAACGCCAGAGUUGUUCUAGAGGAAGCGGGUUCUAGUCUUGAUAAAGCUGUCAAGGUCACGGUCUAUUUUAGGAACUUGGAUGAUAUGAAAGAGAUGAAUGAGGUAUACGCCGAGUAUUUUCCUCAGAAGCCGGCUCGAAGUGCUUGUGAGUCUUCAAAAUUGCCAGCUGGUGCAAGUAUGGAAAUGGAUAUUAUUGCGCUGCAGUAA